AUGAAGUUAGCACUUGUCUUGGGUCUUUGCUGCCUUGCCUUAGCUUGGGGGAAACCGUCAACAUACACAGACAAGUAUGACAACGUCAACGUUGAUGAAGUGUUAGAAUCCGAUCGCCUAUUGAAAGGGUAUGUUGAAUGUCUGAUGGACAGAAGCAGGUGCCCUCCAGACGCGAAGACCUUGAAGGAAACCCUCCCAGAUGCAUUAGAAAACGAAUGUAAGAAAUGUACGGCGAAACAAAAGACCAACGCGGACAAAGUCGUAAGGCACUUGGUGAACAAGCGUCCGGCUUUAUGGAAGGAGUUGGCCUCAAAAUACGACCCAAAAGACCAGUACCAACAGAGAUACAAGGACAAGAUUGAAGCUGUCAAAGAAGCAUAA